CUUGCUCGUUGCUCGACUUGUCGUGCUCUUCAUCAUCAAUCAAUCGCACUUGCAGUCAUCUCUCACCGUCAUCUGAGGACACUCCUCCUUCUGGUACCUCUUUCGUCGUCGCCGCAGCCGACUCACCCUCCCCUCCGCCCUCGCCUCCCGCCACCGUGACCGGCACACGGCCAACCCCAUCCCCGGACGCCAUGGACAAGGCGCGGGCGUCCACUCUUCACGACAUCGUCGUCGACUACGUCAUCAACAAUGCGUACGUCGGCACCGCGCGCGUCCUAGCCCACACUCCAGCGCCGGGCACGCCCUCGGCGACGCCAACGCCGCAGGAGGCGCACACCCCGAGCUUGAUGGAGCAGCUCGCCGCGGCGCGGGACAAGCGCCGCGCGGAAGCGAUGGACGUGGACGAGACGUCGAACGGCGCGGGCACCGGCGCCGACGCCCUCUCCCCCGCCACCCUCGAGGGGCUGGAACAGCGCCGCGCGAUCCUCGAACACAUCCUGAGCGGGGCGAUCACGCCUGCCGUCGACGCGCUCGCCGCACACUUCCCCUCCGUCCUCUCCCCUCCCUCACCCUCGACGAGCGCAUCCGUAUCGCCGCCGACCCCCGCGCCGCGCGCACGCACCGGCCUGACGCACGCGACGCCGAUCUUCGCGCGCUCAACGGCGCCCGAACACGUCGCGCUCAACCUCCAAAUACAGCAGUUUAUCGAGCGCUUCCGCGAGAUCGUCCCGUCCGCGCCCAGCAGCCCCGCCAGCAGCAUCGGGAGCCUCAACGGCGGGUCGGGGCGCAGCGCGCCGCUCGACGCCGCCAUCAACGUCCUCGCGGCGAUCAACGUCGCCGCGCUCAAACUGCCCGGCGCGCAGCGCAGCGAGUACCUCAAAGAACUGCACGACCUGUCGGGUCUCUUCGCGUACUCGUAUCCCGAGGACAGCGAGCUCGCGGGCUUUCUGGACCAGAAGCGCCGCGUCGCCCUCGCGGCGCAGGUGAACGCCGCGAUUCUGCACUCCGAGGGCCGCGUCACCCAGUCAUACCUCGAGCAGAUUGCGCGCCGUACAUCUGCCAUCUACGAGACGAUCACGGACAGAAACAUCGACCCGCAGCCCGUCUGGGCCGGCACCGAUGCGCGGGGCGCCGGCGCCGCAUACCGCAUCUCGGAGCAGCUCAAGCGCCGCCCGUUCCAGAAAGGCGGCUUCGACCUGCACGAGUACGUCUACGAGAUGGCGUAGCGGCCGCGUGUCGCGUAACCCACCCUGUUGGGACUGUACCUGUUGUAGAUAUGCAUGCGUGU